AUAAUUGUUUGUUCAUUCUUGGAAAGAGAAACUGCAAUGCAAUUUACUUUGAAAUUCUAAAUAACAGAGUAGAUAUCGUAUUUAUAGAAGGAUUUUUUCGUUUUAUUGAGCAAUAAUUUAGAUCCUAUUUGAAAUGCCUGUCAGAAGAGCAGCUCAUGCUGGUAGUUGGUACACUGAUUCAGGUCCGGAAUUAUCACGACAGUUGGAUUUUUGGCUGAAUCAAGCUGAUCUAAGUCAUGGGCCUGCCAGAGCUAUAAUAGCACCUCAUGCUGGUUACCAAUAUUGUGGUGCGUGUGGAGGUCAUGCUUAUAGACAGAUAAGUCCAGUAGUUGUGAGACGGAUCUUUAUUUUAGGACCAUCUCAUCAUGUUAGACUUUCUGGUUGUGCCUUGUCUAGUGCCCGAAAAUAUGAGACUCCAAUCUAUGAUCUCACUAUCGAUAGUAAAGUAAAUUCUGAAUUGGAAAUGACUGGACAGUUUGAGUGGAUGGACUUAGAUACAGACGAAAAUGAACAUAGCAUAGAAAUGCAUCUACCUUAUAUUGCCAAAGUGAUGGAAGACUAUCAGAGUCAAUUCACCAUCAUACCCAUCCUGGUUGGUUCCUUAACUCCUGAUAAAGAAGCCUGUUAUGGUAGAAUUUUGUCAACCUACUUGGCAGAUCCCCAAAAUUUAUUCAUCAUAUCAUCGGACUUUUGCCAUUGGGGUCAACGGUUUAGGUACACAUAUUAUGACAGAUCAUUUGGAAACAUUCAUCAAUCUAUAGAAAAACUGGAUAAAAUGGGGAUGGACAUAAUUGAGAACCUUAACCCAACAGAAUUUACUAAUUAUUUGAAGAAGUAUGGCAAUACAAUCUGUGGUCGUCAUCCAAUUGGGGUACUCUUACAAGCUGUACAAGAAAUACUUAGGAAUGACUCAAGCCAAAAUGCUAGUUUCAAAUUUUUGAAAUACGCUCAAUCAAGUCAAUGCAGAAACAUGAAUGACUCAUCUGUCAGUUAUGCCUCUGGGGCAUUAUUAUUUGAAUAACUAUUGUGGCCUUAAAACUGCCUGCAGGCUCUCCCUUCUCAAAUAAUAUAAUACAGGGUGUCUUAAGAUUCAGUACAGUCUCAGGUCAGCUUUGGAAAUUCAUUUCACGGUUUAUUUUGCUCUGUUGAUUUUCAUUGUGAUUAAGUUAAAUUUUUUCAAAAUCGUUUAUAUUUUGUUGGCAUUAUUUGGUGUGAAAAAUAGUUUACAAAGCCUUUUGAGAUUGUAAUGUUAAUUUUAUAUUUUCUGAGUAGUUUACUCAUUUAGUUUUGAUACUUGAUCGAAUAAUAAAAAUAUAUAAGUGGAUUUGGCAAUGCUUUGUGGGGCCUCUGUACUGGUUACUUAAACAUACAGGCUGUUGGAUGAGAGGCCGUGCCACAAGUAACUGUUUUAUAAAAAUAUUGACUAAAAAUGUUAUUUUUCAAAAUUUUAUAAUCUGACAGCCUGUAUGACUGCCCGGGUGCUCGCAAGAUUGAGCCCUGAUACUUACACCUAGAAAUGGUCGAUUAAAUGUACUCAUUCCAUAAGUAAGUUUUUUACUCAUGUGUGUUUUUAAGAAUUUAUAAAAGCUUAUAGAAAUUAGAAGGUGUAUUCAA